AUGGCCAAAGCAAGACCCAAGUCAAUCCAUUCUCGCGCUGCUCGGCGGGCGGCUUCCCCAAGUCUCGAUGUCGACAAGUCGUUGACUUCACUGCCACGAGCCGAAAACACUGUAAUACAGCGAGAAUCUGUUCUGAGCGAACGAGCGAAUGCUGGAGUGUCGAAAAAAUCAAAGGCUAGGGCCAAAACAAGAGCACAGCGCUUGAGACAACAAAAGGGCAUUGAAAGAGCUGAAAUGGUCUACUCUCGGCUGGAAAAGAAGGUGGCUAAGAGUGUCUCCCGGGCUAAAAUUGUCAAAGCACGCAGGUCUGAUUGGGAAUCUUUAAAUCGCAAUGUAUCUGGGUCCAUGUUCGAAGCUCUCCAAGAGCGGGAUGAUACCCGUCUCGAUGAUGCUAUGAUCGAUGUUGCAGGUGCGCCGGCAACCAAGAAGCGGACAUCAAAGCCGGCGGAGGCCACGCAGAACCCUGUGGCAGACGAGCAUGCCGACAUCGACGUUGACGAUGACAUUACUUGA